AUGGCUGUGGCUGAAGCCACGCCCAGCUGUGGCCCGGCUGUGGCCCGGCUGUGGCCCGGCUGUGGCCCGGCUGUGCAGGCUGCCAAACGUCCCUCCUCAGUCUCAUCUCUGAGUGGGAUUGUGGGUAGGAUGAUGUCAUCCGGAGAGCGAGGAGCGUCGUCCUCCUGCACCUCCGUCAACACCGUCUGCUCGGACGGAGAGCGUCCCGCCUCCCUCUCCCUCUCCUCCUCUGCCUCGUCAGUCUCCCUGCAGGACUCCUCCCACUCCUCCUCAUCCUCUUCAUCCUCCUCACUUCCUUACGGCGCAGUGCCGACGUACAACGCCUCGUCGUCGUCCUCCACGCCAAAAAGAAACGGCUCAGACAUCAGUCUGGACCUCACUCCCCUCACACCUCAUGGAGGCGGAGGAGGAGCAUCUGGAGGAGGAGGGGCAUGUGUCGCCAAGGUGACAGGAGGAGGCGGCCACCCCAGUAAUGUUGCUAGUCCGGUAGGGGUGGCGGUGGCGGCGGCAGUGGCCACGCCCAGACAGCUUUCACGGCUGGACCGAGUGGUCCUGGAGAUCGUGGAGACGGAGCAAGCCUACGUCAGAGAUCUGAAGAGCAUCGUGGAGGACUACCUGGGCUGCAUCAUCGACUGCGGCGCCCUGCCGCUGAGACCCGAGCAGGUCAGCACGCUGUUCUGCAACAUCGAGGACAUCUACGAGUUCAACAGUGAUCUGCUGGAGGAUUUAGAGAGAAGCCCUCAUGCUGCCGCCAUCGCAGAGUGCUUCGUAGAAAGGUGCUGCUGCAGGACUCGUUGGGUGGUGCGCAGGUUCAGCUGCUACAGCUUACCUGAUAGGUUGGAGAUAAAUGUGCGCCUGGUUUGGUUUGGACAGUGCCGGCACCACCGCCUCUUUGGUUGCUCGGUGGCCGUGCUGAGGGAGUGCAUGAAGAACGAAAUUCUGGUUCGUUUCUUCCAGGAGAGGCAGGCGACCCUGAGCCACUCCUUACCGCUGGAGACGUACCUGCUCAAACCAGUGCAGAGGAUCCUCAAGUACCACCUGCUGCUACAGGAACUUUCUAAGCACUUUGAUAAGAGCGAGCCCGGAUAUGAGGUCGUGGAGGAUGCCAUCGUCACCAUGACAGCAGUCGCCUGGUACAUCAACGACAUGAAGAGGAAACAGGAGCACGCUGUGCGGCUGCAGGAAAUCGAGGCCCUGCUGGUGAACUGGACUGGGCCGGACCUCAGCGGGUUCGGCGAGCUGGUUCUUGAAGGUUCCUUUAAAGUCCACAGAGUGAAGAAGGAGAGAGCGUUCUUCCUGUUCGAUAAAAUGCUGCUGAUUGCCAAGAAGAGGAUGGAGCAGUUUGUCUACAGCACACAUAUUUUUUGCUGUAAUCUCCUGCUGGUGGAGAAUCUGAAGGACCCGCUGUGCUUCCGAGUGUCCGACCAGACCAUUCCCAAACAGCAGCAUGUCGUCCAGACAAAGAAUCAGGAGGAGAAGCGACUGUGGGUGCACUACCUCAAGAGGCUGAUUGUCGAAAACCAUCCCGCAUCACUCCCACACAAGGCGAGGCAGGUCCUGGGAGACAACUUCUGUCAGUCUCCUCAGUUCGAGCAGGACCACCUGAAGAAGUCAUCUGCGUCUCCGCGGCUGGACGACAUCCACGCCUAUCACCGAGGCAGGCGUCAGUCAGAGCCUCCAGAGCUGCUCAUGUACACGCCGGAGAAGUCCAGGAAGAACCUGCCUCUGCUGCUGGAGGGAAACCUGCCGUACCGACGCACCAGGAGGCAGUCAGCUCCUGCCAAAGACAUCGAAGCAGUGUUUCAUCCCAACGGUGAGACGAGUCAGACUCUUAUCCACAUGAUGAGGCCCGAGCCCAAACAUCACCCUGAGAGCUCAAAUGAAACAAAGAAAUCAGAAAUGAACUGUGAGGAAGAGGAGCUGACCCCCUUCAGUCCUCCUCCCACUCUGUCCAUCACAGAGGAGAUCCUGGAGUUCAUCAACCAGAGUAGAGCCAGAGAGGGGCUCGCUGCCAUCCACACUCACAUGACGAUCAAGGAUGAGCCCAAAGAGCCUCUAUCCAACCAGACCAACUUCACCUGCCCGCUGCCCCCAGUCACCUCCAGCCAAGAACAAACUCACACAAUGCCACAGGAACAGGAAAGAGCAGAGAUUGAGGAUGACAUCGUCCAAAGUCAGACUGGAGAAAAUGAGACAACAGAAAGUGAAGUCCAAGAAAUUCAAGUUGCAGAAAGUCAGGUGGAAAAGGGAGCAGAAGUGCUUGGAGAAGUACAAGAAAAUGAUAAAGAGAUGACGAAAACGAGUGAAAACGAGGAUAGACACAAGGUCGUUCCACCCCAAACACUAGACCUUCAUCGAUUCAUCUCAGAAGAGGAAGAAAGCAAAAACAAAGUCAUACCGAUAGAAGAAGUAGAGUCCACAACUUCCUCCUCAAAUCUAGGAGCCCCUAACCAGCCCAACAAAAGAUACCACCCGCCUACAAGAGGUUCCCACCUCACCAAGAGAGAUAAGAAGAUCAUUGAAAAGAUAAGAAGUUACUAUGAGGCAGCAGCUGAGGCUGAAGAGGAAGAGGAAGAGGAUGAAGAGCUUGCUGAAGAAGUAGGGUCAAAAAGGAGAAACAGUUUCUCACAAAUUCCCUCUGGCUUGGUAAAGGAGACCAUGUCACGCUUUGAUACUGCUAACCGAGCCCUGUUUGAGACCAUGGGAUCGGAUGUGGCUGGUAUCGGGUUAUUCGAGGCGAACCCUGUGGUAGACCCUGUGCUGAUAGAAAACUCAGAGCGUAUUCUAAGCAAGGUCCAAACACUGGCUCGCAUGUACAGCGCCAAAGCCAGCACCAUGAAGGUCCCCCUGCAUCAAAAACGCUCCGGUAGUGGACGGAACCAAUCGGUGGUUUCUGCUAGACUGUCUGGACCCUCGAGCCUGAGCCAAAGUAGAAGUCAGAUACAGGCUGAAGCUCAAGUUACAGCUGAGCACCAAAAACAAUAUGAAACAGAAACCGGUCAGUCAGAGUCGAGAUGUGCAACCCAAACUUACUCCAUGGUCAAAGUUCAAACCCAAAACAUAACACAAAGGCAGCAAUGUCAGAUUCAAACUGAAGACCAGAACCAGAUUCAAACCAUGAGCUGGAAGACCAAAGAGAUCCAGGAAGAGAGGACAGUAAAGACAGCAGAGAGCCUCACACCAGAUCUGGCUGCACUGUACUGCGUAUCUGAAAGCGGCGUCACGUUACUUCAGCAGGACUUGGACCUCUUUAGUCAUCCAGGGUUUCUGGUUACAAUACACCCGGAGACGUUUGUCCACAGUGACACUCGUCCGCAGAAGACUUCAGCAGAGGAACUCUCCAGCGAUGAGGGUUCAGCAGGGCGCUUUGGUGAAUGGAGACCCUUCGGAGAGCUUCCUGCUCAGCCUUCCCAGAGUCCUCCCUUACUCACAGCCUCUGGCUCUUCACACGUCAGCUGCCACGCACUCACAGAAACCCCAGCGCAUCACAGUUUAAGAGAAAACGAACCAAGUCCAUCAAAUCCCACUCAGCUGCAGUCUGAAGACCAUCUCCCAACAUUCACAAGCCAAAGGCCGCUCGAGCUGCUGACCACGCUGGGCGAACGGGCUUCAUCUGAUCCCCCGAAUGUCAAUAGCAUGCCUGAAGGUGACCACAGUACCCCCCCUGACCAGGGCACCUCUGCACCCUCAGCCUUCAAACCCAGCCUGAGACACCGCUCUCCUUCUCCUCACAGAGCUCCUCCUACCUCCUCAGUCCGAGCACCACCUUGCUCCUCACCAUUCAGGCUUAUUCCAGCAUCUUCUCCCACUCCUGUAUGCCCAAACAACAUCUCCAAGGCUCUUUCCAGCUUAUCUCCGACUCCCCCUUUAACCAGGAAAGCCCCGUCUACCCCCUCUCCUGCAUCUUCCUCAUCAUCUGUAAGAGGCCCUCCUCCCUCCCCUACAUCAUCCUCUACCCUUCGCUCUCCCACUUGCUCCUCCCCCAUCACUUCUUCCUCCGCAUUUACCAAAUCCUUAGCUGCCUCCUGCAUCAGUCAGUCCAUCAGUCAGAGCAUGGCAAAAGACAACACUGCCCGCAACAGCGUGAAUCUAAGUCCCUCCUUACCUUCCUCUCACUUACGACGGCGUUCCCCUUCUCCCAAACCUCCUUCCAGCACACCUGCUUGUGCUCAGUUAGGAUGUUCCAAGGAUGGGUACCAACAUCCAAGAUGCCCACCGUCCACUCUCCGGACCUCUUGCACUUCUCCAUCCCUCACACCAUCUUCUCCUCCCUCUCUUUCCCAACGCUCUCCAAGUCCAUCCCAUUACCAGCCGGCCUACGCUUCAUCCUCGUCACCACGUCCCUCAUUCCUUCACAGCAAAACUGGUUCUUCACAGAAUUCAAACAACAACAACAAUCACAGCACAGCAAUCGGUCACGUGAGCUGCAGCUUCAACAGUGCUCUCAGUAAUGGAGGUUGGUUGGUAAGUCCACAGAAGGAGGCGUUCUCCAAUGGGAGCAGUAAAGCCGCGGUAAAGCAACAAUCCCAAGAUUCCCUCUGGUCAGGAUCACACAACCGUGUAGCCCGGCCUUUCUCCGCAUCCGAACCCAACUCACGAGUCCAGUCCCCAUCUCCCUCUCCAGCUUCAUUCAUCCACCUUUGCUCUCCACCUCCACAGCACAAUUUCUCCUCCCCCAUGGCAAGUAAACCGCCACAUCCCCGGAGCUCAAGGGUAGGAAGUGCAAGUUCCCAUAACCCAUUAGGUCUAACUUUGGAGCUUCCCAUCACCUCUCCCAUGAGUUCUUCUUCAUGUCCGAGCCCGCGGAUCCUCUCCCCACCUCCUAUCGGUGUGUCAGUGAAUGUUUGGGCAAACAACGUUGCGACACCUCAGCCUAGAAACGCUAGAUAUGUUUCCUCCUCUGCCUCUCCUUCUCUUUCAUCAACAUUGGCGUCUUUCCCAACUUCUUCUUCGUCCUCCUUUGUCCCACAGAGUGGUUUCAAAGGAUCUUUCCCUUCUGGACCCGGCCCUACCACCUCCCUAAGCCUCCGCAGGUCUUUCUCCUCCAGCCUGGCCGACAGACCUUCCAGCCCAGCCCGGCUCAACGCUGCUGCCCAGCGAUGUUCCUGGGCGGACAGCAGCCGAAGGUCCCUAGGUUUCAGUGGAAAUGCCCAUCCUUCUUUUGACCAACACGAGUCCUGUCCGGUCAGUCCAAGGAGUGGAUGGUCCUCUUACAGCAGCUCGCCCGCAUGCCUCAGCCCUGAAAAUGGGCUUCAGUCCCCACCCUCAUCCAGCAAAUUUUCCCCAGGGAACGGCACCGGGGGUGGGCAGCAUUUUACCAGCGUGCCCUGGCCAGAUGUGCGAGAGCUUUCAAACAAAUACAAUGGAACGGAUAUCCCGGAUACAGGCGAUACUUGCACCAUCAGUGCCUCGUCUCCUACCCCUGUGUCCUCCACUGCUUCAUCAGACAGGCAGAUAGACUGGGAAGACCCCGAGUUAGAGCAGGGAAACUGUCGGAGCCAGCUGAUCUGCGCCUACCUUAGCCGACCCUCCUCAAGUCUGACUCUGUCCACCUCAGGAAUGACCUCUCCUCCACCUGCCCCCUACCAACACCACCAAUUCCACAUUAAACCACCGCCUCAGGUUCAAAUCUACACCACAGCACCUCCUGUGCCCCCAGUCUCUUCUGCCCUGCCCUCAAGAGCAUCACCGCUACCCAAACAGGGCAACCACAAGGCCAGUUAUGCCACCACAGUCAACCUACAAAUUGCUGGAAGUGGCAGAAUAACCUCCUUCAGCACGGCCCAAGUUAGCCUAACCCAAACCCUGCAGGGUGGAGCAGGAGCUGGAGUCGCAGCACAGGGGCAGAUGGUGAGGAGAGUAAGCAUCAACGGACUCUCACAGCUUCCUUCAGCUCUUCCUCAGAACUGUAACAGGAUAUAAAGCAGUGAGACUAGUCGUUCAUUCAUGGAGCCAGAAGGGAAAAUAUGGUUCUCACGAAUGGUCCCGACCUCAUCUCGCCGUGUAGAUAGAUGUUUUAUAUGUGCAGUCUUCACAUAUCGCUGUCUGUUAUAAAAGAUGGACGUAGCCACAGUGACGUCGCAGGUUGGUUACGAAACAGGAAGUGGUGAGCGAGGGGUGAAACAGCCCUCAGUCAAAACGUUAACGUGUCAUCUUUACCCUCCUUUCCUGACUCUGAUGGGACCAAAACUUCCACAACUCAUAACUGAAGGUUCAUCAGGAAAUUGAGCCCAUUGUUUAUACGGGCCUCACGUUUUUAUCUGACUUUGAAUGCUGAUGGAACUGUUUGCAGAAAGGUCAGGAUACGGUGCAGAAUAAAGGACUUUGUAAGUAACACUGUUCCUAUGUGAUCCCCCCCGUCCACAGCUGGAUGUGAUGGAUUAUGACCAGCUAAAGGUUGGAAGAUUGCUUUGAUCAGUCCUGGACUACCUGUGGAUGCAUUUGAGACUUUUUUUGUGGAGAAGACUUUCAAACUUUUAGCAUUUAUUGAGCUGGAGUACAUCCCAACCCUGCAAACAGAUGUUUUGAAGGUCCAACUAUGCUGUAUCCAAUCAUGUGUAUUAUUUUUAUGAUCUUUUCUCAUCAUACAAGCAUCCAUAUGCGGCUGUCUGAGGCCAGUGUUAAAAGUUGGUGAUAACUGUGGUUAAUGAUCCAUCUCUUUUUUAAUCCUUUUUCCUUCUUUUUUUAUCUUAUUGUUUAUUUAUGAAGUUAGUCUUAUUUUCUUUGGCACUUAAUAUCCUUAAAGUAAUUUUGGUGUUUUUGCACAGUGUCUUCAGCUCUUGGGUGCAUGCAUUGAGUGUGUGUAUGCGUGUGUACGUUUGACAUGACGUGUCUGGUAAAGUUUUACUUUUAACUUCAGACCAAGCUGAUAUCUGUGUUUUUGCUGAACUUGGUACUCACUCUGCAGACACCAGUGCCGUCCAGAAACCUCCUCCAGAAAACUCGUGAACUCCAGAGGUUGCCAAGAUGGAUACUGGAGCAUUAGCUCCUCAGUUUGGACACAUAUUUUCACUGAGAUUUUUUUUUCACUACACUUUUAUUUAUAUAAUUCCAAGACACGACAACAGUUGCUUCAAACUGCUUCAUAUUGUAGGGUAAAAACCGUACACUAUUAUAAAGAAAGCCUAACAAUCAGACAACCCCAAUGAGUAGCAGUGGGAACUCCCUAAAAACUCCCUGAAAAGCUUUCAGUUAAUCCAAAAUGCUGCUGCAAGAGUCCUGACAGGGACUAGAAAGAGAGAGCAGAUUUCUCCUGUAUUGGCUUCC